AUGCCAAAUUAUUUUAACAUAGAUGCUGCAUUCGCUUCAUCUAAAACAAAUGAGUGUUUUGUGUUUGUGAAAGAUAAGUAUGUGGUUUUGAAUUAUGCUCCUGGAUUUAAAAAGAAAGAAAUAAUUACUGGUCCGAGAAAAAUUGUUGAAGGAUUUCCAAUGUUGAAGGACACGAUAUUUCAAAAUGGAAUAGAUUGUGCCUUUGACACCACCAGAAACAAUGAGACAUUCAUUUUCUCUGGAAAUCAAUGUGUCAAAACAACAGCUCCACAGUCAACAAAUGCCAGGUUACUUUCAGGUCCUAUGUUAAUCACCGCCAUGUUUCCUACUCUAAUAGGAACUGGGUUUGAAAAUGGAAUAGAAUCUUCAACAAGGUCCAUCAAUAAUGACAGAACUAUUAACUUAUUCAAAGGAGAUGAGUUGGUUGUUUUUGAUAUGUACUCCAAUAGUCUUGUAGAUCGAAUGAAGAUUUCCGCUCAUUAUCGUGCAUUUGUUGGUACUGUUUUUGAAUCGGGUAUUGAUGCAGCUUUUAAUACUCACGUUAAAGAUGAAGUUAUUGUUUUCAAAGGACAAUACUAUGCACAUUAUAAUAUUAGGACUAAUCAGUUUUUAAAUGGUUACAUAAAGCGAAUCCAUGACUAUUGGCCUGCUCUUCAUGGAAUUUUACAAUAA